AGCACACCGCCCGCAGGGAGCCCCAGUGCAACUCCUCCCGCAGAUCCCCUUCACACAGUCGGCUGGCCGCCUUGCGUGAGUAUCGCUCCUUCUUUCCUCUCUCCUCGUUUGGCCUUCGCCGGGCGCGCUUCAAGCCCCCUCCCCCUGCCUCCCGCUACUCUCGUGCAUCUAGCACGCCGCCGGCCCUGUGCUUCACAGCUCGUCCCCUGCCAUGGACCCUCUCCCCUCUCAGCAGCACAAUGAGGUCACCACAACUGUCUUCUCCGCCGCUUCCGACGAUGUUGCCACAGUGGCGACCUUCGCUGGCAAGGCCCCGGUAGAGGAGAGUGACUCUGGCGACCUGUCACCGGACAGCGGCUCCGACCGGAAGCGCUCGGCCGCUGGCGACCGAGCUCCCUCCCCCACCAUCUCGGUGACCGUCGUAUCGGUGACCUCCUCGCCGCCCUGUUCGCCGGCGGUCUCUUCCUCCAAGUCUUCCAUCCAUUCUGUUUCCCUCGAGCCGGCGCACGACGCCUCCUCCUCUUCCGAGCAACUCGCCCCGCCAGCCCUGGACGUCGAGUCCCCUGCUCCGAUCGCUGCCCCACUGAGUGUGGUCGAGCCUGGACAAGCACCCACCCCGCCCGCCUCGUCUCCCUCGCCGGAGCCCUUCCCCCUGGAUUCCACCGGCGAGUGUGACCCUGCCGGCGGCUCCGCUGACGAGGAGGACCAUGGGCUCCCCACCGAGCAGGCGGAUAUCCCCGCAUCGCCGGUCAUCGUUGUCGCCACCUUCACCGAGGUGCAGCCUGCUGGCGAUCCGGCCGAGGACCCUUCCAAGGAUCUUGAGCAGCUUCCCGAGCAGGACACCUCUCCAAAGGGGGAGACCGAUGAUGAGCAGCUCACUGAGCAGGCCGAUCGGCAAAUCGACGAGCUCGCUGUCGCCUCGGCCUCCGAGCCGACCGUCGAGCCGGCUUCUCACCCGACCGACGAGCCAAUUCCCCGGCCGAUCGGCGAGCCCGCCGCAUUGCCGGACCCGGAGGAGCCGAUGGCCGAGUUGGACCGGUCGGACGACUCCCACGAGUCGAUUGAGGCUCCUGGGCCGGUUAUCGAGGUUCGCCAGUCAAGUGAGCCUCCCCUCGAGCCUGGCGAGCUGAAUGACCCGGCGCCCGACUUGGCGGACCAGCCAAUGGACGAUGCAACCGAGACGUCGGCCGUGCUGGGCGGCGCCUCCGCCGGUUCCCUCACAUCCACAUCGGUCAUUGGGAUGGGCUCGAGCUCGGCAUCCUCACUGACGUUGGCCGAGCGCCGCAGUGCUCCAUCCAUCUCGGUGACCACGGCCCCCCCCUCGUCCACGCCUGCCGGGCCUGCCCCGACCAUCACGGCGACGAUCUCCAAUGCGGCGCCCCUCGGGGCGGCUUCCUCCCACGAGGCCAUCGAGAUGGGCGCAAUUAACUCGGCCACGGCGGGGCCCUUGUCCCAGGCCGGCGGGCCCACCAGCGCGACCACCGGCGCGCCCGGCCCCUCGAUGGCCGAUGCUCCUGCCCGCGAUGAUGACCGUGCCCAGCCGCUGCCGGACAUGCCCGUGCGCGGUACCAAGAUCGACGAGCACCACCGCAACUUCGUGCUCAUGUAUGACAUGCUCAGUGGCAUGCGUGUGUCUCUCUCCCGCUGCCACGCCAAGGACAGUCGGCCCCUGACGUCGGCCGACUUUACCGAGGUGCAGAAGAUGGUUUUCGACAUCACCGGCAACGAGCUCCUCCCGUACAGCAAGUACGACUUCAAGUUCAAGGACUACAUGCCCUGGGUCUUCCGCUCCCUGCGUGACUUCUUCCACAUCGACCCGGCCGAUUACAUCAUGUCCCUCACCGGGCGCUACAUCCUCAGUGAGCUGGGAUCACCCGGCAAGAGUGGGUCCUUUUUCUACUUCUCGGCCGAUUACCGGUACAUCAUCAAAACCAUCAGCAAGACCGAGCACCUCUUCUUCCGGAAGAUCCUCCACGCGUAUCACAGCUUCGUCCGGGAAAAUCCCGACACGCUGCUGAGCCGCUUCUGUGGCCUCUAUCGCGUGAAGUUGGCCCACGGUCGGAAGAUCUACUUCGUGGUCAUGACCAACAUUUUCCCCUCGGACCGGGACAUCCACAUGACCUUCGACUUGAAGGGCUCCCUCGUGGGUCGGCAGACCCCCACAGCCGACGGCAAGCAGCGUGUUCUCAAGGACCUGAACUUCCUGCGCGGCGGCCAUCGGAUCUAUCUCGGCCCGGAGAAGGCCGCGGCCUUCAUGCUGCAGGUGGAGCGCGACUCAGCCUUCCUGGCGUCACAGAAUAUCAUGGACUACAGCCUGCUGCUGGGCAUCCAUGACCUGGCUCUGGACACCACCAACCAGCAGCUCUUGAACACGUUGCAAGUGGUCGAGCCAAAGACCCCGAUCUGCGCUCCGGUGCACGGGACCCCCACCAGCACCGGCCCGCCGGUGUCCAAGCAGACACGCAAGCAGAUCAAGCGCGCCAUUCGCCAGACGGACACCCGGUCAUUGCAUGAGUCGGAGCUCAGCGGGCUAGAGUCUGCGGCCAAGUUCCGGCAUAAGAGCAUUUUCUGCGGCGACGGCAGCGGCUUCCAGUCCACCUCUUCCGACAACGAGCCCUGCAAUCUUCUCUACCAUAUGGGCAUCAUCGACAUUCUUACGCCCUUCGAUGGGAAGAAGCGCUUUGAGCAUACCUUCCGCUCGAUUCGUCACAACCCCCUGACCAUCUCGGCCGUCGAUCCGAGCCUCUACGCCUGCCGGUUCACCUAUUUCAUGGCCCAGCUGACCACUGGCUGCCAGAAGCCCUACACUCCCACGGACCCGACCUUCCGCGCCCUGGUUGGCCGGAACCCCUCCGCGUGGCAGGCUCUCGGUCAUAUCCCGGACCUGAACCCGGCGCCAGUUCCACUUCCGGUGCAGGUCCCCUCCGUCGGCCGGCCAUCGGAGGCUCUGUCCGAGGGAGGAGACGCCGUGCCAGCUGAGGCAGCCGAGGCGGCCCUGUCUGCGGGCAUCCAGUAAAGGGGCGAGGGGGCGCCCGGCCACGCCACACCCCCCCAUCCUCCUGUGGGGUAUUUUCCGCCCUUUGUUGCCCCCCCCCCCCCCCCGCAC